AGAUUUUUGGGUUUCGAUUUCUGAUAUGCUUUCUUUAUUCAAAUUUUUUAGAUUUUAGGAUGGUGGAUAGAGAUGGGAAAAAGGGUCGCCGCCAGCAAUCUCGCAUCUCAUCGGUGACGAUAGCAACGGGGAUAAGGGAACAGAGAAUGAAUUUCUCGAUUCAGGUUUUUUUUAAGAUUUCAGAAAUGCUAGGUGAUUUCCUCUUAUACUCUACUCUUAUGGCUACAAAAGGGAGUUUUUGAAAGUGGAGAAUGGGUUUGAAAUUGAUUUCCUCUUAGUUAAUUUGUGGGGUUUUUAAGACGAUGCGAUUUUGGGUUUGUAUGGGUUACUGUGAUGGUGAGGGAUUUUGUUUGGUGGUUUUGGUAUUAAUGAUUGGUUUAUUCCAUUUGGGUUAUUCCGUCUGGAUGU